AGGUGUUAGGGGAGGAGUCAGGUGUUAGGGGAGGAGUCAGGUGUUAGGGGAGGAGAGUAGAGGAUGUCUUGAUCAGGAAACUAAAUCUAACAUUCAUAGGAACCAAAGCUACCCGAAGUGGAAGCAGUUCUCUCUUUCAGGAGGAAAAUAAAUCAAUUUUUAUAGUCUGAAAGACAGAAACCACAGCAAGGAAUGGCCUCUGCUAAAACAUCCUGUACUGAAGAUAACCUUUUAUGUUCCAUCUGUCUGGAUGUGUUCAGAAACCCAGUUUCUACACGAUGUGGACACAACUUCUGCAGAACCUGUAUUACAAAGUUCUGGGAUAAAAAACAAAACUACAAUUGUCCUACUUGCAACCAUCUGUUCCAAACUAGACCUGAUCUACAGGUCAAUACCCUCUUAUCAGAGAUGGCCGCUCAGUGUAGAACAUCCGUACAAGUAAAAGUGCAGCCAUGUGUUGAACCAGCAGAAGUUCCAUGUGACGUCUGUACUGGGACCCAGCUGAAGGCCGUGAAGUCCUGUCUAGUGUGUCUUAUCUCUUACUGCCAAACCCACCUUGAGCCACAUCAGAGAGUCGCAGGCCUGAAGAAACAUCGGCUGGUCGAGCCUAUGGACCGUCUGGAAGACAGAAUGUGUAAGAAACACAAUCAACUACUGGAGCUCUUUUGCAUGAAUGACCAGUUUUGUGUGUGUCAGAUCUGCACAGAGACAGACCACAGGUUCCAUCAUGCUAUACCUCUAAAGGUGGAAUAUGAAGUGAAGAUGGCCAAGCUGGGGAAGAUGGAGGCUGAAGUUCAGCAGAUGGUCCAGGAGAGAAAACAAAAGAUUGAGGAGAUUAAAGACACAGUCAAACGCAGCAAAGCAGACGCAGACAGAGAGAUAGCUGAUGGUGUACAGGUCCUCACUGCUCUGAUGCACCAAAUUGAAAAGUGCCAGGAGGAUCUCAACCAAAUGGUUAAAGAGAGACUGAAAGACACAGAGAAACAAGCUGAAGACCUCAUCAAAGAGCUUGAGCAGGAAAUAGAAGAUCUGACCAAUAGAAGCUCAAAAGUGAAGCCGCUCUCACACACUGAAGACCACUUCCACUUCCUCCAGGCCUUCAGAUCCCUGAAGGAUCCUCCACCCACCAGGGACUGGACGACGGUGGAGGUCCGUCCUCCGUCAUACGUAGGGACCUUGAGGAGAUCCCUGGAUCAGCUGGAGGAGACACUGAACAUGGAGAUGAAGAAGCUGCCUGAUGGUGAACUGAAGAGUGUCCAGCAGUAUGAAGUAGAUGUUACUCUGGAUCCUGAUACAGCCCAUCCCAGGCUCAUCCUGUCUAAAGAUGGGAAACUAGUACGUGAUGGAGUUGUAGGGAAGGAAGUCCCAGGCAACCCUAAGAGAUUUACAAAGUAUAUACAUGUUCUCACGAGGCAGAGCUUCUCCUCAGGGAGAUUUUACUUUGAGGUCCAGAGUAAAGACAAGACUGCAUGGUAUGUAGGAGUGGCCAGAGAGUCCAUCGACAGAAAAGGUGAGAGCUUAAUGACCCCUGAGACAGGUUACUGGUCUCUUUUCUUGGAUGGAUGGAAGGAGGGUUUGGUAUUUACUGCUUUCCCGCCUGUCUGUGUCCCUCUGAGAGCUGAGAUCCAGAAGGUGGGGGUGUUUGUUGAUUAUGAUGAGGGUCUGGUCUCCUUCUAUGAUGUGGAAGCCAGGGUUCAUCUCUACUCUGCUACUGGCUGCACCUUUAGUGAGCCUCUCUAUCCAUUCCUCUGUCCAUGUUACUGUGAUUAUGAAGGUACAAACUCUGCCCCCCUGAUCAUCUCACGGGUCAAUCAAACAGACUAGGACCUUUGUUUUGAUAAUAAAAUAAAAACAACCCAAACAACUGAUGAUGUUUCUUGAAUUAGAAUCUAUACUAUGUGAGAUCUGAGAGCUCUGCAUUCAUGUUGUACUGCUGGCAUUUAACAACGAGAGAUUCAGAAGGAAGUGAACCCUGAAUAUUAUAAAAUAUAACCCAUUGUAAAUUAUUAGAUAACAUUAUAGUCUUCAUUGUCUGUUUUCUCCAGUUUUUUUAAGUUUUACUUCUAUACAAUUGUUAAUUGUUGCAGUUACGUAGAGCAUGGUUUGAGGAUUAAUGUGUAUAUCAUAAUCAUCUAAACAUUACUAGCAGUUCAUAAGUCUGAAUCAUGAAUGACAAAGCAAUCAAAUGUAAAAACAUUAUGGUUUCAAUAAAAAUGGAAAAAAAGCUAAGGUGUCUAAUUAUUUUUAAUGUCCACCAUACAUCAACCCAACAUGGGUAACAUGUGUCUCCUUGUUUGUGAGUACCAUGACUUUGUCUCUCUC